AUGAAAAAUGGAGCGUCAAGUGUGUUCCUUAUGGCAGCAAUGCUGUUAGCUCUGUGUUGUGCAUCACCCAUGACCAAGUAUACGUUUCCAAAGUGUUUGGAUAAGAGUAAGGACUGUUGUAAAUACGGCACGGAAAUGAUGAAGCAUCGAGGUUACACGCUCGUCUCGUACGAGAACAAUGCCAUGUCUGUUACGUGUUCGCAUGGCGAGUUGCGCUGUGCGAUUGGAAACCCAAAUACAAUGGCGAGCUACGACGGUUCUAAGAAUGUUUCUUGUCCAAAUUUUACAUCAAUGAUGGAGGCACGGUCAGAAAUUGAAUACAUUGAAGGUGUGAAGGAAGAUGAACCGAAUAAAACCGAUGGGGAAGCAGCUACUGGCACUGUAAAACCUGCGACUCUUUCUCGCUAA